GGGGUUUCCCAGGGUGAGUAGCUGUUUGUCUUCUGCUUUUCCGCUCCAACCGGGACGUUUCCGGGAUGGCCGGUGGCGGUAAAAUGAAGUCGUUCCUCGCGUUAGUCCCCGGGAAGCGGCGGUUUGGGAUUUACAGGUUCCUGCCCUUCUUCUUCGUUCUCGGAGGCGCCAUGGAAUGGUUUAUGAUUAACGUUCGGAUCGGCAAAGAGACUUUCUAUGAUGUUUACAGAAGGCGGCAGUCAGAGCGGCAGUACGAGCGAAACGUGGAGGAGAAUCUGAUGAAACCGCCGCCAAGUAAAGAAUAGAAGGGAUAGAAACCUGUAAAGCGCCGUGAGUGUAAAGCGCCGUGACUGCGCCCGCGCGUUUCACCGACAAAAAACAGUGGCAGUCUGUUCUACCGGGAGCGGGGCAUAGAAACCGCCGGCUAUUCCUUCCGUGCCGCGUGCUGGGGAUGCAGCGUUUUUCUUUGUUGAAUUUACAGAUUUAAAAAUUAAAAAAAAAAACAUAUCUUUGAA